AUGGACAACACGUCGAGAAGCAACGCCGACGAAGAUCCAGCUGAGGAAGUCUCGAUCCGGUUGCGAGGCGACUCCAGCUCGGAAACUAGCUACAAGACGACGACUCCUUGUGAAGACGUCCAUGAAGUUUAUCUCGGUCAUCUGCUUGACGACGCUGCCAGAAGAAGUUCUGAGCUCUCAACUACUUCUCAUCGGAGAAAUGCUUCUCCCGGGCUUUUUCCUGGCUCUCGCGGAGCACUGGACGCUUCGAUUUCCAACCGUCAAUCCAACGGUCAAGCUCGGAACGGAAAGCCUUCAGGAGUCGUUCUCGAUGGACAGUGUGGCCGCAACUUGGCAGCUAUCGAUUUUCGCAUCAAAGGCUUGAAAGGUUGAUUGCUAGAGAUCGCUUGGGCCAAUGCUGAGAAAUUCGAAAAAAUUUCGAGACAAUGAUCUUUAAACAAUUACGAGAUAUAAAGAUAUUUUGCGCGAAAAAAUCUAGUCUCCCUUCCAGAUUUGAGCUUUUUUCCAACCUUAUCAUUCAAGUUUUUUCCUCUCUCUUAUUUCUUAUUCUCCGGAAUCGGCGUUUGGCCGAGGCGGAAAGUUCCUUUUCUUCGCUUAUGAAUUGCAUUUUUGAAUUUUUUCAAAGUUACUACGAAUCUGUUCAAAUUUUAUCUGAAAGGUCAUCUCUUUUCACCUUCUUUGUUCUUUUACGCGAAUAUCUUCGGUUUUUUUUGAUUUUUUGAUUUUCAGACGAACGUGAGAACGUACAGAAAAAAACGUUCACAAAAUGGGUAAACUCGCAUUUGGUCCGCGUCAGUUGCAAAGUCCAGGUUAGUUUUCGGUAAAGGAUACAAUUGGUUGAUUUUGACUUGUUGCAGGACCUUUAUAUGGACAUGAGGGACGGAAAAAUGCUCCUCCGGUUACUCGCCGUCUUAUCAGGAGAACGCCUGGUUUGUGUUUUGAGAUAUUGAAUCUGAAUUCUGAAGUUUGAUUCAUAGCAGAAAUGUUUAUAUGUCCUCAAAAUUCAUUCUUGGAAUAAGUAUCAGCUUUUUGUAAUUUUUUUGAAUGCGAGAUUUUCGAACAAACUUUUAGGAAAAAAGAAAAAAAUUCUUGCAAAACCAAAGUUCUCAGUUUUUUUGAAGUAUAUUUUUUUGAUUCAUCAACUUUUUUUCAAACCGAUCUUCACGAAUAUGUUCUGAAAAUACCUUUUGGUGCGCUACUUUUUAAAUUUUUAUAAAUUUUCUCGAUAUUCAAUUUAUCUUUUGCUUUUGCAGAAGCGAUUUUCAUGUUUUUUUUCUUGUUUCAAAAAAAUCAGCCUUUUUAAUGUAUAUAUUUGGCAAUGAACCUUCUUUUUUUCCAAUAAUAGAAAAACUAGUUUGUAAAUUAGUUUUAUGAAAUAUAGGGAUAUUGCACCCCAGCGAAAUGUUCUCAAUGAACGAUAUAAACAGCUUUGAAGAGUUGACGUGCCUAACCUGAUUUUCUUCUUGUUCUUCUUUUCGUCUGGAAAGUAGAAAAAGGGAACGGAUUGUGGUCGAAAGACGUUGUCAUCAAUUUCACACGUUUUGAUGGUCAAUCUCGGCCCGAGCCGAAGUCCGCCACAUGCUGAGGCUGUGUAAUGCCUACGAGUUCCGCAGUUGCUGCCCAAAGUUCGGUGGAAACCGCCGCAUUUUACUGAAAAGCUUCGUGGGGCCGCUUCUUUUGAAAAAGAGAGGGCAAAUCAAUGCAAACGCACGACUGCAAAACAGAGAAGAGUUUUUUCCUUUUAUAGUCUGCGCGGAAGCGAAAAAAAAAGAAAAGGAAGAUGGAAAAGAGGGGACCAACUCCGCUGGGCUUUUCCUGAUUUAUUUCUUCAGAUAACACGACAUUUUGAACGAUUGUCGUUAUUUAGUCGAGAACAGAGGUUUUGAAAAAAAAAAAUGAAAAAAAAAUGGAGAUUGAAUUCAAGUUCAUAAAAAAAUAUAUAAGUAAAAAAACAUUUUUUUCAUAAGAGUUUCAAUGUUUAAUUACUCUUUUUAUUUAUAGCAGAAGGUUUCAUUAAUCUUCAAUUUGAAUGCUAGUUUUCAUUUAAAAAAAGGCUGAUUAGGGUAUUUUAUCGAAAAACUUUGAAAUGAGAGAAAUAAUAUUUCGGACUCGCCCCAGCUUUCUUCAUCAAUGUCUCAUUUUAGUUUGAAAUUGGAAUGAAUUCGCUUUUUCGGUAAAAAUUUAACAUUUGGUCAAGUUUUUCCAAUGAGUGUAUAUUUUAUCAAAAAAAAAAAAAUGGAAUAAAAAGAAGGAAAUGAGCGAAUUUGAACAGAAGGGAAUAUUUUUCAGCCGAAGCCGACUCCUGGAAAGAUGCGGAUCCACUGUCUGGAGAACGUGGACAAGGGUCUGCAGUUCCUUCGUGACCAGCACGUGCACCUCGAGAAUCUGGGCUCACACGAUAUCGUAGACGGCAAUCCGAGACUGACGCUCGGACUCAUCUGGACCAUCAUCCUCCGGUUCCAGGUUUGAGUGCGUCUCUCUCUCGCCUCAAUCAGAACCGGACUCAGAUCCAAGACAUUACGUUCGAAGACGCCGACAACCACGAGACGCGGUCGGCCAAGGAGGCCCUUCUUCUGUGGUGCCAGAUGAAGACCGCCGGAUACCCCAACGUCAACGUCCGCAACUUCUCCACCAGGCAAGUCCUCAUCUGGACUCAUCUGAAAUAUCUUUCGUGCACUGGAAUGAUUAUGUCACGAUAUAUCAACUAACUGAAGUAGUCUUUCAUUUUUCGAAUAGCAGUUAACUUCCCAUUCUAGAGUAUGGUUCGGAACUAAUGUGUCCAUUGACAAAGUCAGAUAUUGAUCGAUUAAAAUCUGUCCAGAGGCGUUUCACGAAGCGCCUUUUCCCUAGAAUGGAAUAUAAUGAACGGUUAAAACUGUUGGGUCUUCAACCUCUUUGGUUUAGGCGUUUAGUUAAGGAUCUGGUAUUAUCACAUCAGUUUUUGCAUAAUAAGUGCUGGUCAGACUCUUCCAUCCAGGUACAUAACAGCUUUGACCGUCCCAGUCAGCUCAGAGGAAAUGGUUUUAAAUUAUUAAAAACGAAACCUUCACUGGUUUUCUUCAAUUUCUUAUCACAUCGCAUUACUAAUGUUUGGAAUGACAUUGAACAUGAAUUAUUGGCAGAGGAAGACAAGAAAAAGUUUAAGGACAUAUUUCUAGUGUAUGCAGAAAGUGUUGGCGUCGAGCAUAUUCUUUCAAGUGUUCACAGAUCUGAGCCAUGAUCAACUUGGUUUUAAAUAUCUACUUGUUAUGGUUCUAUUUUUCUUUUCUCACACAAAAAACUUUUUUUUUCUUCACAGGUGGGGUUAGUUAAUCCACCUAGUGGUCUUUUUCCCUCCCAUCACCAUACCAUCCCGAUGUUGCGAAAAAUAAAUAAAUUGAUUGAACCACGUCACUAUCACAAAAACUUUGUUCUUAAAAAAAGUUACUUUUUUUUAUUAAAGAUUAAUUGCUUCCUCUCUAAAAAAAGAUUGGUUGUAAGAUUUAUUUCAUACAUUUAGUUGCUCUUCUAUUGUUUUAGGUAGACGCUCGCUAUUUUUUUAACUUCGCAUUUUUUUAAAAAAAGAUUAGUUAAAAAAAUUUGGUCGAGUGCUUCUUGUUUGGAGCUUUUCGUAUCCUUCAUUUUUUUACUUCCUGCAAUUUUCCUGGAUUUUUUUCAGAUUCAAAAAAACAUUCUUUCAGUAUAAUUAUGUUUGAGGAAAAUGAUAAACCUUAAAAAGUGAAAAGGGAUUUUCGUUUACCUACUGAAUUUAGUUGGCGAGACGGUUUGGCGUUCAACGCACUGAUCCACAAGCACCGACCUGAUCUGGUCGAUUACAACAACCUGCAGAAGUCCAACGCCCUGUACAACCUGCAAAGCGCGUUCGACACCGCCGAGCAACAACUCGGACUGGCCAAGUUCCUCGAUGCCGAAGGUUUUCGAGCACGAGAAAACUUCUGAAAACCCAUCUUUCAGAUGUGAACGUUGACCAGCCCGACGAGAAGUCCAUCAUCACUUACGUCGUCACUUAUUACCACUAUUUCAACAAGCUCAAGCACGACAACAUCCAAGGAAAGCGUAUCGGAAAGGUUUUUGCGUAUUACUUGAGAUUUCUCAAGUUCUCGACAUCAGGUGAUCAACGAGCUGAUGGACAACGACAAGAUGAUCAACCGGUACGAGACGCUCUCGUCGGACCUCAUCGAGUGGAUCAACCUCAAGAUCUCGCUGCUCAACGGCCGCGAGUUCCCCAACUCCUUGGAGGGCGUCCAGCAGCAGCUCACCGAGUUCAACAACUACCGAACCGAGGAGAAGCCGCCCAAGUUUGUGGAGAAAGGCGAGCUCGAGGUGCUGCUCUUCACCCUGCAGUCAGCCAUGCGCGCCAACAACCAGCGGCCCUACGUUCCUCGCGAAGGAAAACUCAUCGCCGACAUCAACCGAGUCUGUUUUCGUUCUCCACGAAGUUUGUAGGGAGAGAGAUUUCGAAUAUCGGAACCCAUGUGAUAAAACGGAACAAACUGUUAUGGUAUUUAUUGAGCUGCCCAACUAGUAUUUAAGACUGUUCAAAUUAAUAAGUUUUUCGAAUAAGAUUAUAAUAAAUAAAGCAAUACGUUUCUCUAAACAUUUUCAAUAGUAAAAAUGUCAGGCCUGGCAAGCACUGGAAAAGGCGGAGCACGAACGAGAAUUGGCUCUCAAGGAGGAGAUCAUCCGACAGGAGAAGCUCGAACAGCUCGCAGAAAGGUCUGUAUCUGGGGUUUGCCACUGAAUGAAAGGAGCUCUCAGAUUCAACCGGAAGGCCGACAUGCGCGAAACUUGGCUCACCGAGAACCAGAGACUUGUCAGCCAGGACAACUUCGGCAACGAUUUAUCAAGUGUCGAGGUUUUUUUCAAACGUUCCUUAUCACAUCUGCGGAAGAAGUAAAAAAUAUUGUGAUACCUAUUUUUUAAACAUGGUUUUUCCAACUUUUCUGCAUUUUUCAAAAAAAUUCAGCAUUUCGUAACAAUAAUUCAUUGAAAGCAAGAUUUUUUUGAAAUAAAGUGGUAAAAUGUUAAUUUUGGUUCUAUUCUUGAGAUACAAAUCACCAAGAAAACAGUUUUCUGCAUUUUGUUUUUCCUUUUUUUUUACCUUCGAAAAAUUCCUUUCUUGGUUUUUUAUUGCGGUUUGUUGAGUUUGGAUAGUUCUUGAUUAUGUCUCUUUUUGAAGGAACGUGACAUUUUUCAUUUGCAGGCCGCCACCAAGAAGCACGAGGCUAUCGAAACGGACAUUUUUGCCUACGAAGAACGUGUCCAGGCUGUUGUGGCUGUUGCCGGUUUGUUUUGGUUUUUUUUUUUCUAUCUUGUGAAAUUCUUUUUUUAAAUGUUAGAAGGAAUAAAAUCAAACUUUUUGCUGGUUUGCGGGAAUUUAUUGAAGCGUUAGCAGUGUUUUACAUUUUCUUUGGGGUAAUUUUCACUGAAAAACGCAUAAGUUCCGUACUUUCCAGGCGAGCUCGAAGCUGAACGGUACCACGCCAUCGACCAGAUCAACGAGCGCAAAGAAAACGUGCUCCGUCUCUGGAACUACCUGUUCCAGCUCCUUCUGGCACGUCGCGUGCGCCUCGAGCUUUCGAUGGCGAUCCAGCGGAUCUUCCACGAUAUGCUUCUGACCCUCGACCUCAUGGACGACAUCAAAGCACGGCUUCUGUCGGAGGACCUCGGUGCCCAUCUAAUGGACGUCGAAGAUUUGCUCCAGAAGCACGCUCUUCUGGAGUCCGACAUCAACAUCAUCGGAGAUCGUGUUCGCAGCGCCGUUGAACAGUCUCAGAAGUUCCGGAAUCCGGAAGGCCCAGACGGCAGUGGAUAUCAGCCGGUCGAGCCGGCAGUUGUCGACGAACGCUGUGACGUCCUUCAGAAGCGCUACCAGGAGCUCCUCGACUUGGCUGCCGAGAGGAAACGUCGUCUCGAGGACAACAAGCGACUUUGCCAGUUCUGGUGGGACGUCGCCGAACUCGAGCACGGAGUCAAGGAACAGGAGCAGGUGUCUUCGUACCUUUCUAUUCGAGAAAAAUUCGUUGCUUUUAAGGUGCUCAGUUCAAACGACACCGGUCGCGAUAUCGUCACCGUUUCUCACUUGUUGGCUAAGCACAAAAACGCUGAAAACAAUCUUCGCGAUAUCGAGAAGCAUCUGAGUCGUCUGGAUGAAGAGGGCGAACGUCUUCAGGCAGACCAAAUCCCAGGUCGGGACAUCACUUUUUCAUUGGGGUUUCAGAGGCCAGUAAGAAAUUAAAUCUGAAAUUUUUCUCGUGAGAAAGAAGGCACUACAAAAAACCUUCAUUUUCAUAUGAUUUAAAUGAUAUUUUGCUGAUUUUCUUAUUUCAGGAUCCGACAACAUCCCCCCGAGGCUACAAGAGAUCCGCGAUUACAUUUCCAAGCUCAAGGAUUUGGCUGCAGUUCGGAAAGAAAGACUCACUGGCGGCGUCGAUUACUACCAAUUCUUCACGGACGCCGAUGACGUCGACGCCUAUCUUCUUGACACUCUUCGUGUGGUCAAUUCUGACGACGUCGGCAAGGACGAGAACACCGCCCAGAUCCUGCUCAAGAAGCACGACGACAUGGCCGAAGAGCUGCACGCAUUCGACGAACAGAUCAAACUCCUCCACUCCAAGGUCGAAUCUUUGCCCAGAGAUGUGAGUUUUCGGUUCUUUCAUCAGUUGUAAAGUUUCAUUUUCAGGCUCGUGAGCAUCCCGAUAUUGUUGAGCGCCUUGACACUACCAUCAGACACAAGGCCAACUUGGAAGGAUUGGCCAAGCUUCGUAAGCAACGGCUCAUCGACGCGCUGUCCUUGUACAAGCUCUACUCCGACGCCGAUUCUGUUGAAGCUUGGAUCGACGAGAAAGGAAAACUUUUGGCUACUCUCGUGCCAGGAAAGGAUCUGGAGGAGGUUGAGAUCAUGAAGCAUCGCUUCGACACUCUUGAGCAAGACAUGAAAAACCAAGAAGCCAAGGUGGCCAACGUCAACGACUUGGCGCGACAGCUCCUUCACAUUGAGCAUCCGAACUCGGACGACAUUCUCCAUAGACAAAACAAACUCAACGCUCGCUGGGCUCAGCUCCGCGACAUGGUCGACCAGAAACGUGCAGAGCUUGAAAGGGCACAUCGUCUGGAGACGUUCCGCAUCGAUUGCCAGGAAACUGUCACUUGGAUCGAGGACAAGACUCGUGUUCUGGAGGAUUCCGAUGCGCUCACAAACGACCUCAGUGGCGUCAUGAAACUUCAGCGACGUCUGUCUAUGAUGGAGCGUGACUUGGGAGCCAUUCAAGCCAAGUUGGACUCGCUCCACAAAGAAGCCGACGCUAUCGAGCGUGAAAGGCCUUCUGAAGCGAAGGCUAUCCGCGAGGAUAUCAAACGCAUUCACCACGUCUGGGACAUCCUCAACAAGACAGUCCGAGAACAUGAGGCGAAAUUGGACGAAGCUGGAGACCUGCAACGUUUCCUCCGUGACCUGGACCACUUCCAGGCUUGGCUCACUGCUACUCAAAGACAAGUCGCUUCGGAGGAAGAGCCGCAGUCUCUUGCUGAAGCUGAACAGCUUCUUAACCAGCACGCCGCCAUCCGUGAGGAGAUCGACGGAUACGCAGAAGACUACAGCAAGAUGCGUGCCAUGGGAGACCGUGUCACUCAAGAUCAGACCGACCCUCAGUACAUGUUCUUGCGCCAGCGUCUGGCGGGUCUUCAAGAAGGUUGGGAGGAACUCCAGCGGAUGUGGGAAAAUCGGCAGCAUUUGCUCAGUCAGGGGCUUAACCUUCAAAUGUUCCUCCGCGAUGCCAAGCAAGCCGAAGUUAUGUUGUCUCAACAAGAAAACUAUCUGGCCAAGGAAGAGGCGCCACAGUCAUUGGAGCAGGCUGAAAACACGCUGAAACGUCAUCAGGACUUCAUGACAACUAUGGACGCCAACGAUGAAAAAAUCCGCGCUGUUGGAAUGUUCGGAGACCAACUCUGCCAAGACGGUCACUACGCUGCUGACAAGAUCCACAAAAAAGCUCGCAACAUCGACGAACGAAGAGAGGCUAACCGAGAGAAGGCACAGGCUGUUCUCGCCAAGCUCAAGGACACUCUUGGACUCCAACAGUUCUUGUCCGACUGCGAAGAGCUGCGUGAAUGGAUUGAAGAGAAGAUGAUUCGCGCCCAAGACGAAACCUACAGAGAUGCCAAGACCAUCACAUCUAAAUUCGUUCGUCAUCAGGCUUUCCAGAGCGAACUUCAGUCCAACAAGGAACGCCUCGAACAGCUGCGCCACGCAGCCAUAAACCUCGGAGACGACAAGCCUGAGUUCCACGGAACCAUCGACCCACAGAUUGAAGAACUCGCUACCCAGUGGGAGCAACUCGAAAAGACCACGGAAGAAAAGGGCCAGAAACUGUUCGACGCAAACCGGCAGCAACUCUACGUUCAGAGUAUUGCUGACAUGAAGGAAUGGGCUUCGCAAUUGGAGAAGGAAAUGGUCCGCGAGGAUCCGGCCGCCGACUUGACAACUGUCAAUGUUGCCAUGCAGAAGCAGCAGUUGAUCGAGACUGAAAUGAUCAAGAAGGCGCAGCACAUCGACCAGCUGAUGGAAAUGGAGCCUCAACUCGAAGAGAUGCAUCCUGAUGAGCUGGAGAACAUUCGUGCACAUCGUCUUGCUGUUCAGGAGCAACUUCAACGUUUGCAAGCUCCACUAGACGACCGCAGAAAACACCUCGAGCGAAAGAAGGCGGCCUUCCAGUUUGGACGCGACGUCGACGACGAACUUUUGUGGAUUUCGGAGCGCCUUCAUCAGGCACGAUCGCAGCCAGUCCUUGAGAGUCUGCCAGACUGUCACCGUCUGCAGAAGAACACUCAGCUUCUUUCAAACGAAAUCGACAAUCAUGAGCCCUGGAUUAAUAAGAUUUGCGGAAAUGGCCGUGAACUUAUUGACGAAGGACAUGAACGCGCUCCAGAGUUUGAGAAGAAGAUUGAAGACUUGCAAAAAGCUUGGCAAGAGCUCAAGGACGCCGUGAAAGACCGGAAGAACCAGCUGGGUGAAGCUGAAAAGGGGCACCAAUUCCUGUACGAUUGUGGAGAGGCUGAAGCUUGGAUGAGUGAGCAGGAGCUCUACAUGAUGCAGGACGAGAGAGGGAAAGACGAAUUCUCCACCGAAAACCAGAUCAAGAAGCACGAGCGUCUGCAGUCCGACAUCGAUAAGUUUGCCGAUACAAUCCGCGCUCUUGCGACCAAGGCCCACAAGUUUGUCGAGGAAAAGAGCCCGUUGAGCGACAAAAUCACCCUGCGCCAAGCCCAGAUCGAAAAGCUUUACGCCGGUCUUCAAGACCUUUCCAAGGAGCGCAGGAAGCGUCUCGACGAGACUUUGGAGCUUUACGCUCUGCAUCGCGAGAUCGACGAUUUGCUCCAAUGGAUCGCCGACAAAGAGGUUUGUUGAUUGAGAAAGUUUGAUUCAUUAUUCAGUCAUCGAAAUACCCCGAAAUACAAUAAAUAUAUCUUAAAAAUUUCUUUCAAGAAAAAUAAAACGCUCAGAUAUCUCUUUCACAAAACGUUGAAAUGGAUUUGAAAUUGAAAGUUUUGCGAAAUUCUUCGAAAAAUGAAAGAUUUUCGACGGUGUUAGCCUUGAUCAUUUGACCUCAUUUGACCAGAAAUUCUUUUAAGAUGUCUAAAAAAAAUUGAGUAGGAAUCGAAAUUUUCUGAUCACUCCUCAUAUUUUAUUGAAAUAAUUCCAAAUUUUGAACAUCAUUAAUAUCCAAGUCCAUUUAAAAUAAAAUAUUUAUUUCACAUCAAAAAGGUUUUUUUAGGUGGUGGCAGGAAGCCAGGAGAACGGUCAGGACUACGAACACGUGCAGAUGUUGCAAGAGAGAUUCCAGCAGUUCGCUCGCGACACGGAGAACAUUGGCAGCGAACGUGUCGCCAACGCGAAUGACGGCUGCGACUCGGUCAGUCUCAAAAAACCUGGAUCCUGUGUGUAUUCACAUGUUGCAGCUCAUCGGUCAAGGACACACGGACGCACCGACAAUCGCCCUGUGGAAGGACUCGCUGAACGAAGCCUGGGAGAACCUGCUCGAGCUCAUCGACACUCGGGCUCAGAUCCUCGAGGCGAGCCGCCUCUUGCACAAGUUCGUGUCAUUCUUGAUGUUCCUCGACUCUGAAGAUAUGAACGCAAAAAUGCUCGAUAUAGAGAUAUUAGCUAUGGCACUUUUCCAUACUUUGAGUAAUAUUUCAAAUAUGAAUGCCUUUUAUUGUUAGUUACAUGAUGUCAGCUAGAUUUCUCCUGUUUUUCUUAUAUCAAUCACGAUUUAUGAAGUCGUGCAGAAAGAAAGACAUCGAUAUUCAGGUUCUUCCACGACUGCCGCGACUGCCUCUCCCGAAUCAUGGAGAAGACCCACGCGAUGCCAGAAGACCUCGGCAGAGAUUCGAGCAGCGUCGGCGCCCUUUCGAGGAAGCAUCACAACUUCCUGAAGGACAUCGCCGCCAUCGGAGAACAGGUCCCCUUGAAGGCAUCUCGAGUCGCUCACCUUUCGGAGUCUAGGUGGCACAAAUCGAACGCGACGCGGCUGAGCUGAGGGACGGUUAUGCCGGAGACAAGGCCUUGGAGAUCGGGGCACGAGAAAGCGAAGUCGUCAAGGCUUGGCGACACUUGAGAGGCCUGUGCGACGCCCGUACCACGCGACUCGACGACACCUCCGACCUGUUCAAGUCGGUUCAACCGCUUUAAAGGGACCAAGAUGGCUUUCCAGGUUCAUGAAUAUGGUUCGUGACUUGUUGCUGUGGAUGGACGAAGUGAAGCGCGAGAUGAACUCGCAAGAACGGCCGAAGGACGUGAGCGGCGUCGAGCUGCUCAUGAACAACCAUCAGAGUCUCAAGGUGAAAUGUUUUGUGAGAAACUCAGAACUUUCGUGGUGCUUCCAUCUCAGAAAAGUGGUUUUGAUGCUGAAGCAUUCUUUCCCAACAUAUUUUGAAAAUAAAAUCAUUAAAUAAUAGGUUCCAAAGCAGGAAAUUGUCAGACAUUCUUCGAAAAAAGCUUCGUCCAACUCUCCAAUUUUAGGCUGAAAUUGACGCUCGAGAAGAAAACUUCAAUGCUUGUAUUUCUCUCGGACGCGACUUGCUCAACAGAAAGCACUAUGCGUCGAGUGAAAUUGAGAAGAAGCUGAUCAAACUGACGACGGAGCGAGCGGAGAUGAUGCGACGGUGGGAAGACCGCUGGGAGUACCUUCAACUCAGUUCGUCCUCCUCUCUUGUGCUCUCAAUCGCUCGCCUUUUGCAGUCUUGGAAGUCUACCAAUUCGCUCGCGACGCGGCGGUCGCCGAGUCGUGGCUCAUGGCUCAGGAGCCGUACCUCAUCUCUCGCGAGUACGGCAGGAAUCUCGAAGAAACUAUCGCCCUCAUCAAGAAGCACGAGGCGUUCGAAAAGUCGGCUCAUGCUCAGGAGGAACGAUUCUUGGCCCUCGAGAAGCUGACCACCGUAAGUUUCGAAUUGGGAAAGCUCCCUGAAGGGUUCUGAAUUGCAGUUCGAGCUGAAAGAACUGCAAAGGAACGAAGAAGAGGCCGCCAGAAGACGUGGAGGCCCCGCACACAUUGGCAGUCCUUCGCGCUCGCAGCCUCUCGAGACUUCUUUCUCCGCCGAGCCCGAUGGUACCUUUUUUUCCUCUUCAUCACAGACAUACACACUUUGCCUUUUUCGUUCGUCAUCCUUUUCGUUAGACACCUUUCCAUCUGCUUUUUGUAAUCUGUGACUUCACAAACUCUGCUGUGUUGUGUUUUUCAAAAGCAUGUAGCCAGCGCCAUCGUCUUUUCCAGAGUUCAACAUGACGCUCAGCAGUCUCGACAGUCAGGGUCGUCCCUUUGGUUUGAAUUUUGGCAUGUUUGCGACUUUCAAAACAUCUGAAAAUUUGCAUGUUGAUAUCAUCCCUUCACUUCAAUGUUUGAGGCGAAAUAUAGAGCUUCCCUCUCACCUCUAUAUAAACAAGUUCGCAGGCUUUUUAUUCGAACCGGUGAAAAUUGGUUCCAAGUCAAGUUUUUUGGAAUUUGAGCUCAUUUCUUUUCCGAAAACGCUCUUUUAUUAUAGAUUUUGAGAAACGAAGCGUUAAAAAUGUUUUUCUUGCAACCAAGUAGUUUCAAGCAGUGCGGAGAUGAUUGCGUUUCCUUUUUUCGUAUUGCUUUCGCGAACCGCUUUUUCCUUUUUGCAUGUCAUCGAUCCAUAAAAGUAACGUGAAGUGUUGUGGAUUUUUUUUUAGAUCGACACCAAAGAGCGCCUUCAGCCGAACCCAGCAGUUGGCGCAAGUCGCUCGCCCGAGCUCCCAAGUUCGACGCCAAAGACUCCCGCGGUAGAGUCCUUUCCUCAGUGGCCGAUGAUCGUUUCGCUUCGAGUGUUUUGUAGUUGUGGUUGUGAAAAAUAAUAGAUAGAAACGUUCUUGCGGAAAAGUGUGUCCACUAAACGCUUGACCCUUCAUUCAAGGACGGAAAGUUUUUUUUUUCAACAUAAAUGUACUUCAUUUUCCCCUCUUGUUCCAGAAAGAGUUCUGUGCUGUUUGGGAAGAUAAUUCAAUUUUUCAGAGAAUAUCGAGAGUCCAGUAUAUAUCAUUUCGAAUAUUUCUAUCAGCAUGUAGCUACUCGAAACUUUUUUCUUUUCUAUGAGAACAAUUUUAUUUUUACAGGUUUUUCGAAAUAGAAUACUCUAUUCCCCACUGGCCUGGAAAUCGAAUAUAAACUGAAAAUUUUUUUGGUCAGAAUAUGUUUUCCCAUUAGGCUUUGAAUUGAAACUAUUUGAUCAUUCUACUUUUUCAAAAAAAUUGCAUACUUUUUUUGAGAAAAAUAUUUUUUUAUUGAAAAAAAUUGCUUUUCAAAAACUCAAGAAGCUUCGGCAAUAGCUUAAGAUAUACAAAGACGUAUAAUAGGUUAUUUUGUUUUAUACCAUUAGUGAACUAUUUUUCAAAAAAAGGAAAAAGAUUAUUUUCAUUUGAUAUGAAAUGAUAUUUUUUUCGCUCUGGUAAUAAAUACCCACUUUUUUUCGGGAAUUAUCAGGAUUUACUUCGAAACACAACGAUACUAACCCAAAAAUAUAUUUUUGCUUCUUUUGAAAAAAAUAGCUUCGUAAAAAGGAGAUUUCAGGCUAUUUAAUGUAGAUUUUUGAAACCUCAUAUAUUCAAAAAAGGUGAAAAAGGUUGAGUGAAAACUUCCCAAGUAGUUUCCAGCGGCCUUCUAGCGAUUUUUUGAGAUCAGGCCGUUUGAAAAUUAUUCGUUAUAAAUAUCUGAAUCGUCUCAAAGAAAGAAAAUUCAGGUGAGCGACAAGGCGACGCUUUCGAAGGAACCCUCAUCCGUAAGCACACCUACGAGAGUCUGGACAGAAAGGCGUCCAAUCGGUCCUGGGAGAAACUCCUGGCCGUGCUGCGUGGGAACGAGCUCACUUUCUACAAGGACUCGAGACACAGGUUUUCGGGAGAAGCUGGACAAGGUCAGAACUUGGUUGUAGGGACGACAACACGACGGCGCACAACGAGACUCCGCUGACGCUUGCCGGCAGCUCGGUCAACGUCGCGUCAGACUAUCAGAAGAAAAAGAACGUCCUUUCGUUGCGGCUUCCCAUCGGCGCCGAGUAUCUUCUCCAGUGCGCCAGCGAGGUCUUCAUCUUUCGAUUCAGAUGUAGCCCUGUGCAAAAUAGAUUUCAAAAAAGGAAACCUCGAACAAUUAUUUUUUUUGGUUCUAAUUGGAAUAUUUCUCUCAUUGGAUGUUUUAAGCAUAAUUUAGUUCAGUGUGGAUGGUUUUUAACGCUUUUUUCAAUUCACUGAUUUCUAUUUGGUAAGAUUGAAAAGGAGAAAAAAAGUAUGCGUGGAAAUUAACAGUAAUAAUUUAACCUAAUCCCAAUAGUAAUUUCUCCUUCUUCUCGGGGUUCUUUUCCGGGAAAAAUCGACCUUGAGAAACUUUUUAACUUUCCACUUUUCAGGAAGAUAUGCAACGUUGGUUGACCGAGCUCCAAUUGGCGACUGGACAGUCCCAACUCGAAGAAGCCAGCAGAUCCCAAACGCUCCCAGGUUCGAUUCAAGACUCAAGUUUUAAUCUGAAAAGUGUUUUCAGUGGAAGGAAGCGCUACCAAAGCCAAGAAGGGAGGGUUCUUUUCUCGAAGCAAAAAAUAAGCUUUUGAACUGAUCUUCACAAUCUAAGUCACUGCCAUUCUCAACUUUUCUCCUUUUUUUCCCUUUGAAUCCGCUGAGAUUCCUUCGACGUCUUUCGGGCUAUCGGCGAGCUUCGAUUGUUCGUUUUUGGCAUCUUCAGCGUUUCCUUUUUUGUUUCGCCAACGCUGCUGCUUCGAGCUCGAGGUUGGUUUUUGACUGCCUCCCGAAAGUAGGGAAUUUUUUCCUGAAAAAAUUUAAUUGAAGAGUUGCCUUUUUCAUUUAUAGAAUUACUUGUCUUAAAAGCGUGUAUAUUACUAUUUCCACGCGCGGCUUCACUGAAUAGAAAAAGUGAAUAGACUUUUCUGCAAAAUCUCUUUCACUUCAUUCAGUCUAAAAUCUUCUGAUAACCUCGAAUUUUUUUUCAGCCUGGUUGUUCCUGGUGAUCUGUUGUUUGGGAAGAUUUUAG